UGUCUCCUACUCUCCAUGGUUUGCUUCCAGGGUUUACUCGAGUUAUCCAGCUGAUUCACUGUUGCUGUGAAAACAGGGCUGAGCAGGCUAUUGAAAGCCACAGAAACCAGAAGAAACUAGUCAUGAAAACCCUGACUAUCAGCUGACAGAUUUCUUCCUGAGAACUCAUAAUUGAGCAUUUUUUUCCAGACUAGAGCAAAUCUUCAGAAGCUGACCAGGAUCCGGAGCUGUUUCAGCCCAACUUGGCUCUGAUCUCUUUGGUCAUGCUGGAGGGUGCCGAGUUCUACUUUAACGUGGACCAUGGCUACCUGGAAGGCCUGGUACGAGGGUGCAAGGCCAGCCUGUUGACCCAGCAGGACUACAUCAACCUGGUCCAGUGCGAGACCCUGGAAGAUGUGAAAAUUCAUCUCCAGACCACUGAUUAUGGCAACUUCUUGGCUAAUCAAACAAAUCCUCUUACUGUUUCCAAAAUUGACACGGAGAUGAGGAAAAAGCUGUGCAGAGAAUUUGAAUAUUUCCGGAAUCAUUCCCUGGAACCUCUGAGCACGUUUUUUACAUACAUGACGUGCAGUUACAUGAUAGACAAUGUGAUUCUAUUGAUGAACGGUGCAUUGCAAAAAAAAUCUGUGAAAGAAAUUCUGGUGAAGUGCCACCCACUGGGCCGUUUCACAGAAAUGGAAGCAGUCAACAUUGCUGAGACACCUUCGGACCUCUUCAAUGCUGUUCUGGUUGAAACACCAUUAGCUCCAUUCUUUCAAGACUGCAUGUCUGAAAAUACCCUAGAUGAACUGAAUAUUGAAUUACUGCGCAAUAAACUGUACAAGUCUUACCUCGAGGCAUUCUAUAAAUUCUGUGAGAAUCAUGGUGAUGUCACAGCAGAAAUCAUGUGUCCCAUUCUUGAGUUUGAGGCUGACAGACGUGCUUUUAUCAUCACUCUUAACUCCUUUGGCACUGAACUGAGCAAAGACGACCGGGAGACCCUCUACCCGACCUGUGGCAAGCUGUACCCUGAGGGGCUGCGCCUGUUGGCUCAAGCAGAAGACUUCGAUCAGAUGAGGAGAGUGGCAGACCAUUAUGGAGUAUAUAAGCCUUUGUUUGAGGCUGUGGGUGAUGGCAGUGGAGGAAAGACGUUGGAGGAUGUGUUUUAUGAGCGUGAGGUACAAAUGAAUGUGCUGGCAUUCAACAGGCAAUUCCACUAUGGUGUGUUUUACGCAUACACAAAGCUGAAGGAACAAGAAAUGAGAAAUAUCGUGUGGAUAGCAGAAUGCAUUUCACAAAGACAUCGAACUAAAAUUAACAGUUACAUUCCAAUUUUAUAACCCAGUGAGGGACCUCACAUGCGGAAAAUCUUACAUAGUUUUUCUGGCUACUCUGAAGUCCUUUCUAAGUCCUAUAUAAGCCUCUCCCUCUCCAGUCAUCUCUGCAGGUGGUCCAGACAAACAUUGUUUCUGGACAUGUCACCUACAAGUGAGUCUUGGACCUGGAAGGACUACCACUAUACCAUUUGAAGACAGAAAUGCCAUUCCCAGAGCCAGAUAUGAAUAAGCAACUCCAGUUGACAAUGUACCCGUCUUGUUUUCCAAGAAGACUGAUAUUGAAUCUAGCUCUCCGUAGGUAAAAGCCAUUAUCACCUUGGUCAUUUUUUGAACAAACAGCAAUUCUAGAAUUUAAAUAAUUUAUACAUUUUCAUAUCCUAUUUUUGUUGGUUUUUAAAAUGAACUAUUCUCUUAUUCAUGCUGAGAUAUACAUUU